UGGUGUGGGACGGAUACAAUUGUUACAAGAGGAAGUGAUACAUGCUAAGAGGGUUUAUAACAUUAUAAUGACGCACUCGUUAUGCGGUCAGUUGGAAAGAAAAGGCUCCUCCACAGCUGAAGCUACCAGUGUGAAUGCCUCAGCUAAGCUCAUCUGCUGCUGGAUCCCUUAUUACACUGAACAAACUAUGUCUACUAUCAGGACAGAGAGAUCACUCAGUGAAUCAGUGUAUCUCCUUCCAUAAUGAGCCGGGACGUCCCUAUCCACAGCUGGCCCGGUUCCUAUUACAUCAACAGUGAGAAGCGGUGGGAAAAUGGCACCCUGUCCCUCACCAGGACCAUGGUGCGCUUCGUCUCUAACCAGAGUAAGGAGAGUCUUGCCAGCUUCCGCCUCUCCAGGAUCAUGGAGCUCAAGAUGGAGUCGUCUAGUUUUAUCUUCAGCACUCUCACAGUGCUUGAAGAGGGCAAUGUGAAACACUGGUUUGGCUCGCUUAAGCCCAACAGGGUGGUGGUUUAUAAUGUCUUAGAGCAUUUCUGGAGAGAACGUCUUUUGUCCCCCAGCUCAGAGGCCCGGGGAGCCGAAUGUAAACCCUCUAAAGGCAGAGAGCUGAUCAGCCUGGUGGCAGGGGCCCAGAGAAGACUGGAGGACACAGGCAGUGUCCUCAGCCAUCAAGGAGAGCAGUUUGACAAUAUGAUGCAGGGACUGGAGAAGAUUGACUCAGAUCUGGGCGUGGCUGAUAAACUUUUGUUAGAGCUGGAGUCUCCCUCCUGGUGGCCUUUUGGUAAACUUCCUUGGAAGACUCAGCAGGAAGCCAAGGCUCAGGACGCUGCAAGAGCUGGAGCUGCCGCUGCUUCUGCAGCUGGCAAAGGGUCCAGUAGAAAUAAGGUGAUCGCAAGCAUCCCAGCUGUAGUGACCAAAGGCGGGGACUCAGACUUAAAACCCGGAUGCUUGUUGGUGCUGGUGUCCUCAGUGGAGGUGCGAGACACAAACUGUCAACUCCUUCACCGCUUCGAACGAAAUGACAUCGACGAAAUCAGGGUGCACAGUCCGUAUGAGAUCACCGUUAGACAGCGGUUUAUUGGGAAGCCAGAUAUAUGCUACAGGUUCCUGUCUGCCAAGAUGCCAGAGGCAAUGUCAGUGUUAGAGAUGCAGUACAAAAAGAAAGUGGAGUUCAUGAAUGAAUACACUGCUUUCAAAACAACUCCAGUUUCAUCUCCGUGUGAUACAGAGGGGUCAAACUGGAAUGAAGGUUUGCUGCAGAGGUGCCAAGACACAGAGCUCCCGCUGGAGGUCCCAGCAGGAGAGCUGUCCCAGUUGCAGGUGCACGUCCUCCAGCCAUCUGUCAGUCAGGCUGAGGCCCAGGAACUCAAACAGAUGCUGAUGCAGCUGAAGAACCUUGCCCUGGAGGCAGAGACAGAGUUGGAACGACAGGAUGAUGUUCUGGAUGAGCUAACCAGCUCCACUGACCGAGCCACCAUGCACAUAGAGAAGCACACCUGCCGCAUGAAAAGACUGCUGUAGCUCUGACAGUCCAGCAGAUGCAUGCAGUCACCACGUCCUUCCUGAGAAAUGCAUUGUAACCUUCCCCAUUGCCCUAACAGCAUUGGUACAAUGUGAGAACAGCGGAAUACAGCAGUAGGGACUUGCAUUUACUUAAAAUAUGAUUUCUUUUUUGUAUAUAAUCACAUAAACACAUGGGUUCAAGUGUGUGUGAUUUCUGGGAAGUGCAGCAAUGUUCGCGUAAUACUAAAGAUGUUCCCAAAAUCUAUGAAAUUUGGAAACUGUCCUCCCCUGAAAAACGACCCCAUACGAGUCAAUGGCAGAAUAAGCUGUCUGGCAUUGG